AUGUCUGGCGCCGACGUCCAUCCUUCAGCUAUCGGCAAUAACGUGACACCGCGAACGGGGGCGUCUUCCUCAGCGAGCGAGCCGCACUCGGAGGCUGCUGUUAGCAACAACGAUGCCCCAGGUGACGGCGGAUUUGGCAACGAGCCUUAUCCCGAACAGCGCCACAGCGGCGCCGUCGGAGUUGGGCCGAACUUUACGCAAGAGAGCACAAUGGCGGAGAAAUGGACUGGCGUGAAGGAAGAAAUGAAGGGGAAAGUCACGCACAAUCCGGGGAUGGUCGAAGAGGGAAAGAAACGACGGACGGGUGAGCUGAAGCGUGAGCAAAUGGAACGAGAGGCCAAAUUCGACCCGUAUGAUGAUAAAUCUCCGGGCCCCAAGACGUUUGAGGAGACACAUGCAGUUGGGCGAGAGAAGAGUAACUUCGAGCAGGCCGCGACCGUAGCCCCUGAAGGGACCCAUCAGGGGGAAAAGCAAAGAAAAGGGGGUGAGAUGAAGCAUUUCGGCGAGUAA